UCCAUCACCCCCCUGACGCACACCCCCGACCGGUGGUGUGAUCCUUCCUCCUCGUUGAUUGCUUAUAUUGGAGGCAUCGAGUUGCUCCAAUUAGCGUUCUUCAGUACCUGACAACAUACCUGUCAACUCUCUCGUUCACACUUUGACCUGCAUUUCGUUCUUUACUCUACAACUCCAUAUCCUUCACAAUGGUGGCUGAAACAAAGCUAUACGAUGCCCUAUUAAUCAAACCGGAUGCUUCACAGGAUGAAAUCAAGAAGGCCUAUCGCAAGGCCGCCUUGAAGUACCAUCCGGACAAGAACAAGGACAACCCAGCUGCGUCGGAGAAAUUCAAAGAGGUCUCUCAAGCAUACGAAGUUCUCUCCGAUCCCGAGAAGCGCAAAGUCUAUGAUCAAUUCGGUCUGGAAUAUCUCAUGCGGGGUGGCCCGCCCCCGUCGAGUGGUGGUGCCGAUGGUGGUGCCAACCCCUUCGCAGGAGGCAUGCCCGGCGGGUUCUCGUUCGGUGGUAUGCCUGGAGGCGGAGGCGGAGGUACCCGCACGUUCCACUUCUCGACUGGACCCGGUGGAAGCAGCAGCGGAUUCCGGUUCAGUGAUGCAGACGAUAUCUUCCGCAACUUCGCCAAAGCCAGUGGCGGCAUGGGUGGCAUGGGCGGCGGCAUGGAUGAAGACGACCUCUUCUCGAUGCUCGGUGGUGGUCUAGGCGGUGGUCGCGGCUUCCGGACCAACCGCGGGUCGACCGGCUUCAAGCAAUCUGCGCGCGCCCCGACGCCGGAGCCCGCGGUCAUGGAGAAGGAGCUGCCGCUGACGCUGGAGGAGAUUAUGAGGGGCACGACGAAGAAGGUGACGGUUAAGAGCAAGUCGUUUGACCCGGCCACUGGCAAACGCACCGUGCAGGACGUCACGCUGGAGGCGAAGAUCAAGCCUGGUCUACGCACGGGAUCGAAACUCAAGUAUCGUGGCGUGGGAGAUCAGGAGGAAGGUGGAAAACAGGACGUGCAUCUGAUUGUCACUGAGAAGGAACACCCCAACUUCAAGCGCCAAGGCGACCACCUCAUCACGACCGUCGAACUGAGUCUGAAAGAGGCUCUCACCGGCUGGGAACGCAUUGUCCGCACCAUCGACGGCAAGUCCAUCAAAGUCGCCAAGCCAGGUCCCACGCAACCGGGAUACGAGGAGCGGUAUCCGGGCCUGGGCAUGACCAUUUCAAAGAAACCGACCGAGCGGGGCGACCUCAUCAUUCGGGUUAAUGUGCGGUUCCCUGCUAGCUUGACUGCGUCACAGAAGGAGAUGCUGCGGGAUAUUCUCCCUUGAUUCUGCGUUCUAUAUUCCCACCAUAGUAUUGUUAUUGUGUCCCAUGAUAUCUGUGAUCUCUUUCUUUCUUUGUUUUUUUGAGG